UGUUCGAUUCUUAGAUCGUCCUCCACAAGGCCCGGGCCGGCGCCUUGGCCCCACCAGGAUCGCCGAGCGCCUCAUCGGACCGGCACUGUCGUCUCCACGAGCUGGUGCAGGAAAUCUUUCCAGGGCCAAAAAUAAGCGUGACUACAGCCAUAACUCAUUCGUCGGCGGUUGGCGCUCCUAAACCAGCCGUCGAUAUCGUUGGAAACCUCUUCAGGAACAGAUUAGGAUAAUCUCCUGGUCUCGUUCCGAUCCAAUUCCGAUAAGAUCGAGCCAGAUACAGGUCGAGUGCGGGUCAGACGUGCCUCCACUAAGACGACUCCUAAAUAAAGGAGAAACCAACCCCCAUAGAAAGAGAGAGAGGGAUUAGAGAGGCGGAAGGAAAUUAAGGAGAACCAACGGACAGGACACCCAGAGGACAGAAGAAGAGAGAAAAGAGGGAGAGGGAGAGAGGGAAAGGAGGAAAGGCAUGGAAGAGUGCAGGCCUUUGGCGUUCUUGAUAGGCUUGCCGUUCGCCGUCCUCUCGUUGGCCAUUUCCAUCGUCGGGGUCGCCGUUUGGCUGGUCGGGUCGGUGCUGAGCUGCGUGUGCCCGUGCUGCUGCUGCUGCGCGGCCGUGGCCAAUCUGGCGAUGGAUCUCAUACAGCUGCCCUUCACGGUGAUACGGUGCUUCGUCGAUCAGAUUCCCUGCUAACGGCUCUUUCUGGAGUCGCCUAUAUUCAUACGUGUGAGAUCGAUAUGGAAAGUGCUGGCCUUCAAAAGUGGUGUUGUUGCAUGGCAAUGAGCUGAUUACGUCGACACUCGGAUUAUAGAAUUUGUGAGAAGCAGUGAUGGAUGCCGCCGGUUGUGCAAUCUAAGAUUUAAGUAUUUGGUAUCAGAUAUCAGUAUGUAAGAUGCAUGGGUUCAGACUGAUUGAUUGUUCAUGUGUCUUCCUUGUAUGUUUACCGUCGUAAAGGAAUGACCAGUACUAGCUAAAUUAUACUAGCAUAAUUAUUUAGAUCAAAUAUGUACCAAAAUGAGCUGGGGCCACAAUCCGAGGACCGACUUUGAGAGUGCGACUAGUUUUAAGAUUGCUGCUGCAACGAAGAUAU